UUUAAUAAGUAUUUUAGAACGUUGCUGAAGAAGUUUCUGUACUCAUUACUCCACCAAUUAUUAUAGAUGUCCGUAACCUCUGUAGACACCACGAUCACAGUUUUCCCUCCAUUCUAGAAAAAAGCUGGAGCAGUUUUCUCACUCUUUCAGAAACCUAACUAAUUUUUUAUACCAAAGAAGAUGGCAAAAGAGCAGCAAAAGCAGGAUCCUGGGGCAUUCACCAACUCUUUGCAAACCCAAAACCAGGAAUUGCAGGGUAAAGGUGAAGUGGAAAAGGAGGAGGCUGAGGCCCCUUUCACUCUCAGCGUCACCUAUAAGGUUUUGUACAUGUUGGGAGACAUCACAGCAGGGCCUGCGUCUAUGUUCGCGCAAUGGCUCCAAUUAGUUCGUAAACGCACUUCCAAUCAUCGCACUUCUGGCUUCCCUCACCGUUCUUCCACCAUGCCUUCUAGCCUGGGAGAAUCUAUUGAGGAUGUGAAAAAUGAUCAGCAAACAGAAUUUAGUUUGUGGGAGAGGCUUGGUAAAGCUGAAAUGUUGGACAUUGAAUCGAGUUCAUUUUCUUGGGACAGACUCUCUUCACUUCACCACACUGAACACACUAGCAGCAACGAACAUUCUGAGGAUGAAAUGAACCGAGCUCUCGAGGUAACAGUAAAUUCUGGAGGGGUAGUCUUCUUUGCCUUUUUCAACGGUCGUGAGAGUGGUGAUGGUUGCUCAAAAGAAGAAACAGCGGUUAUAAAGAUAUCGUCUUCAAGAAUGGCAACACAAUCCGAACGUCUCGGAUAUGAAUUUGCCAAGUGGUUGGGAGUUCAAACUCCUCAGGCUAGAGUCAUCCACAAUACAAGUUUAGAGUGGAUACAAAUAAAGGAAGCUACAGAAAAAGCAAGAGAUGCAGCAAGUUCUGCAGGUGAUGCAAUUGUUGAACUGACAUGCACAGAACUUCUGGAAGCACUUGAUCUUAGCCGAUGUCUCAUGUUUAUGAGUUAUGUGCAUGGUUCACCCUUGCUUGAAAGCUCUAGAACUUUUGAGUCACAGGAAUGUGCAGAAAGAACAGCAGCAGCCCUUGGCAGAGUACUGAUGUUGGAUCUUGUCAUCAGAAAUGAAGAUAGGCUCCCUUGCCGACAGCUUAGAUGGCGUGGGAACUCUGCAAAUUUGUUAUUGACUGAAAAAGUAAUCUCUGCAAAUGUGGAUAUAAUAGGAGAAACCUUUAAUUCUGCAGUGAACCGAUAUGGACCAAGGGUGAGUAGGGCACUUCAAAAAGAGAAAAGGUCAACAUCAGUUGAUAGUAGAAUGAAUUCUCAUAAUUCUGGUUCGGUAUCACAAUACCCUGGUCUUUCUGGCAUCAAAUACACAUCAAUACCCACUCACAUGAAUAUGAAAAGUCAAACAUCAGGAGAAUCAAUGCUAACUGACUUUAACAUUGUGGCAAUUGAUUCUGGCGUACCCCGUCGACCCCCUGCUGGAAAGCGUGCAGAUGACCAAGUUAAUUAUCCUAAGUUGGUUGAGUUACUACUGAAUAGCUCUGAGUUUUCUUCUAACCUAUUACAUGAUAUAACUGGAGGGAGAUUAGGAUGUCCUCCUCUAGAAGACACCAACACAACAACUGAUGUUCACACAGAUGAUGUAGCAGCACUAGUUCAUGAGUUCCGUAAUGGUUUUCGUGCCGCUCUCAUGGACAUGCAGGGAUUCCAUAUAUUCCUACUCACACUUCAUCAAAAACUUGAUAAUUUGUUAAGGUUAUUUAUGAAUGCUGUAGGCAAAAUAUCAUCAGGAGAGUCUGAAAAGGAGGAUGCAGUGGUUCAUGACUUACCUUCACCAGCUUUUACUGGCAGUUGUCUUUCCCCAUCUAUUAAGGAGAGAUAUUCUAAUGAUAUUCAUCAAGAUUGUAGUGAUUCAGAAUCACAGAGAACUGCUCCAAGGGCAUCAUCAUCUUCAGGCAGUAGAGAUUGCUGUGACUCUGCCUCUCCUGCGUCACGAGAAGGUUGGCAUGGAAAGCACCCUAAAGGAAGUGCGGAGUCACUUCGUUGUUUGCGCUUGACAACUAAGCUUCGUGAUUUACAUAAAUUUGCCAAGGUUGACUCAGAAUCUAAUAAAGAAUUGGAACAAUGGAAUGAAAUGCUAAAAAAUGAUGCAGUCAAGUUAUGCUUGGAGAACAAUUUUAACACAGGAUUUUUCGAGGGUGGUGAUAACAACACCGUUGUUGAUGCAUACGAACUGAAGGUCAGACUUGAGCAUAUCCUUGAGAGGAUUGCACUGAUAUCUGAGGCUGCAAAUACAGAGAGACCAUCUGCUGUUACAAAUAGUCUGUUCAUUGGUGGAGCGCUGGCUGCAAGAUCUACAUACACCCUACAACACUUGGGAAUUACACAUAUUUUAUGUUUGUGUACAAAUGAAAUUGGCCAAUCAGAUUCUCAGUUUCCUGAUCUAUUCACAUACAAAAAUUUCUCUGUGUGUGACGAUGAAGAUUCUAACAUCAGCAGCAUAUUUGAAGAGGCUUGUGAUUUUGUAGAUUAUGUUGAGAAAGCUGGUCAGAGUGUUUUAGUUCAUUGCUUUGAGGGGAAAAGCAGAAGUGCCACUUUGGUCCUCGCUUACCUAAUGCUUAGGAAGAAAUUCACUUUGUUAGACGCAUGGAAUGCUCUAAAACGAGUUCAUCGUCGAUCUCAGCCCAACGAUGGUUUUGCAAAGAUCUUACUUGAGCUAGACCAGAAACUGCACGGCAAGGUUUCAAUGGAGUGGCAGCAACGGAAACCAAUGAUGAAAAUAUGUCCCAUCUGUGGCAAGAAUGCUGGACUAAGUAGUAGUUCACUUAAACUCCAUCUUCAGAAAUCACACAAAAAGCUGUCAUCAGGGAGUGUGGAUAGUGCCAUGACAAUGGAGAUCAAGAAGGCAUUAACAGCUUUGAAGAUUAGCCGUGGUGGGAGUGUUAGUCCCACACAAAGGCAGUCGCACUCAAUGGUUGAUACAUAAAUAGCUCUUACAAAUAUUACGUAACAUUCAUUCAAGAUUUUAUUUUCAUGUUAGAAAUUUUUUAGUAAGAGUGAGUGAAAUAGUGGUUUGGAAAUAGGAUUAGUUUGGCUAGUGAUUUCAUGUAAUUGGGUACUGUGGAUUUUCUUUUUGUGUGAUUCUUUUAGAGACCUUGUUUAAGCACCUUAAGAAGCCUAAUGUUUUCAUUUCUAAUC